CUUCUUACCACCAUGAAUAACCAAGGCGCCACAAACACGAACGGGUCGAAUACGGGCUAUAUGGCCCCUCCAAGGCAGGAUAUGGAGUAUCUUUGCGCUGACUGUGGAGCCAAGAACGAAAUCAAGUCCCGAGAGCCCAUUCGGUGUCGAGAGUGUGGGCAUCGUAUCAUGUAUAAGAAGAGGACAAAACGAAUGGUUCAAUUUGAGGCGCGAUGACGCGCUAAAAGAGUCGCCACACUCGUAAAAUCUACACACCCGCACUCUCUACCACCCUCCUGCAUGCGAUCCGACGGUCCACAAUCGAUGUUUAUCUGUCAUAGAAAUACAUUCUCCCAGGCCGAUAUAUCUGAUUGGUCUAUAGACCUCCUCCUCGGCUAUGUGUCGAUUCUCGUUAUGGAGGUGACUAUGAAUCAGUUUGAGGCGGUAGGCUCGAGGGUGUGAAGAUGGGAAGAUGGGAAGUCAUUGGGUGCCUUGGGGCUGGGUCGGUCUGUUCUUUCUGUACCUUUCUGCUGCGAUUCGAAGAAUCCAUGUGUCUUUCGUCCUUGUGGCGUAAACGCCACCGUAC